GUCACCAGCGCCCGCUCUGAUUGGCUGCAGAAGCAGCGCGCUGUCAGCGGGGCGGAAGUUCAUCAUUAUCCACGGGGGGGGGGAAAGGUCUCCCUUCGCUUUGACUUCAACAUCUCAAUUCAGAAAAAGACAUACGGUUCUUUCAAGCAGGAGCACGGCAUGUGAUGUCAGCUGACAGCAGCAGAUGUAGCUGACAUCCUUCUGUCACAGCGGCCAUGGAGGAGAUUUCGUCGAUGAGCGGUGGUGCUCUGAUGCGCCGCGGGCCCUAUAUCGGCGUGAUCACCAACCGAACCAUGAACCUGCUGAUCCGUGCUGCCAUGCUCUUCAUGGUGGGCGUGUUUCUAGCGCUCGUGCUGAACCUGCUACAGGUGCAGCGUAACGUCACUCUCUUCCCUCCAGACGUCAUCAGCAGUGUUUUCUCAUCCGCCUGGUGGGUUCCUCCCUGCUGUGGAACAGCCGCAGCGUUGAUUGGUUUGCUGUACCCCUGUAUGGAUCGUCGUCUGGGGGAGCCGCAUCAGCUCAAGAGAGAGUGGUCUAAUGUGAUGCGCUGUGUGGCCGUCUUUGUGGGUAUAAACCAUGCCAGUGCGAAGGUGGACUUUGCCAAUAAUGUGCAGCUGUCGCUGACGCUGGCUGCCCUGUCUGUCGGCCUGUGGUGGUCGUUCGAUCGCUCACGCAGUGGUUUUGGGCUGGGAGUCAUCAUUGCAAUACUUGCCACGCUGGCCACCCAGCUACUGGUUUACAACGGAGUCUUUCAAUAUACCUCCCCUGACUUCCUGUACAUUCGUUCCUGGCUGCCAUGUAUCUUCUUCGCAGGGGUGAUAACUGUGGGGAACAUUGGACGACAGCUAGCUCUGUACGAGCACAAAGUCAGUCAGGAAAAGACCCACCAGGAUUAAUGAACAAUGGUCUGCACACAAGAAAAAAAACCCAGGAUAAAGAGUGAGGAGUCCAGCAGGAGCACCAUGACUGACGGAGGAGGAGCUGCCCUCUGUGUUUGAGGAUGACUGUGUUAUGAUCUAUUUUCUGCCUCCUCAGGCUCUCUAAGUGUGUAACAGUAAGAUAAAAUGUCGUUUACACACUCUCACACUGUCUUCGGUGGCACUCAAAUGCAAGCAGCUGCAGUAAAGUGCCAAACUGACUCUAACUGAUCAAACUGAAUGACUAAGCCUGG